AUGGCGGACGGAGAGGAUAGGUCUCGUAAUGUCGAGAUAAACAUCAAGACUGACACCGGUAAGAUCAUCGCUCUCAAAUUCAAACCCUCAAACACCAUUCGUAGCGUCAAGUUCAAGAUUCAGGAUAAGGAACAUAUUCCCUUUGACCACCAGGACUUGAUCUUCAAUGGGAAGGUGCUUGAGAACAUACAUACCCUUGAAAACUUGAACAUCAAGGAACAAUCCACCAUCACAGUCACUGGUAGAUCAGUGGAAAUGCUAAAACUACAUGUCUUUACUUUCAUGGGAAAGACAAUCUCUUUGUCGCUCUACCCCACAUGCACCAUUGCUGAUGUGAAAAACAAGAUCAAAUGUGUAGAAGAUAUUCCCUGUGAGGAGCAGGUUUUGAUCUUUGGAGAAAGAGUCCUAGGGGAUAGGGAUACCCUUUUUGACUACUACAUUAUCCGCGAUGCGUCCCUCACACUCAUGCGUAAAUCAAGGGGACCGGAGAUAAAUAUCAAUGUCCUGGACAUCGGAGAGACAGUUAGAGUGGAGGUAAUACCUUCAGAAACGAUCGGUAGUAUAAAAGCUAGGCUCAAGUAUAAGUCAGAGAUUCGAAGUCACGAGUGGGAGUUGAUCUUUAAUGGAAUGGUUCUCCACGAUAACGAUACGCUUGCUGACCGUCACAUCAACAAGGAAUCCGAACUCCUACUUAUGCGCGUAUUAACAAGAGACGUGGAUAUAUCCAUCUGGACCCCCACUGAAAAGAGGUUUACGUUGGAAGUAAGACCCUCUAAUACCAUCCGUGAUGUGAAAUCCAAGAUCCAGGAUAAGCUUGGUAUUCCCCGGUCCUACCGGAGACUCAUCUUUCGUGGAAAGCAUUUGGAUGAUAGCGUUACCCUUGUUGAAUACCACAUUGAAGAGGAAGAUGAACUUCAACUUAAGUUCGAUGAUUAA